CAUCACAUCAUUCUCUCUUCCAAAUUACAAUUGUCACGUUCUCCUUCUUCCCAUACUAGAACAAAACAUGGCUCCCCAGAAGCAAUUGGUCCUCAAGCUGACCUCCUUUCGCUACAAGAAGGAGGGUAUCUCUUGGAAGGACUUCCAUGAAUACGGAACCAGACAGCAUGCACCUAAGGCUGCCCGUAUCCAGGAAAGACAUGGCGCCUACAAGAUUACGCACGUGUACACUCCCCCUAUCACCAAGAGUCUGAUCACCGAGAAAAUCCCGUGGGCUGUCCGUCCCGGUUGGAUUGUCGACGACCACGACGUUUCCGUGUCGAUGUACGUGCCUGACCCCGAAACUCUGCAGGCAAUCGUCACGGAUCCGGAAUUCCAGAGUCUCGUCGCAGGAGAGGACCAUAUUCUGGAUCAGGAGCGGGCCACAGUCACCGCGGGCUGGGAGGAGGUCUUUGUGGAUGAGGGCAAAAUUGUGGACAUUGACCGCGAGAGCUGGGAGGCUUUUACGGCCAUGGGUCAGGGUAGCAAGAAGACUGAUGCUCCCGAGGAUGUUCGUAUCUGAAACGAGCUACUCUACAGGGUGGGCUCUCGUCCGGCUGCUUAGAUCUAGCUGUUAGUGAAUAGCAUCAAGUGAA